UCUCUCUCUCUCUCAUAUGGCUUCUCAAGUUAACCCGCCUAGAUGGACACCAAGCCAAAGCCCGACUAGAACACUCCAAGCCAAUGUUCCCGUAGAGCCGGAGAUUCACUUUCAUGAUCCAGAGACAGAGGGCGUGGCUAGCUUGGGUUCAAAUCAUGAAGAUUCCUUGCCCUUUAGUAACUCCAAGUUUAAUUUCGCAUUUAGCGAUGGGCGCCCAACGUCCCAACAACUUGGUCCACCAGCUCGAACCGUUUCACACCCACCUGGACCUCAAGCACCGGUGUAUAUUGGUGGUGUCGAGGACCCAGUGGCUAUGGAGAUAAUAAAGUCGAUGGAGGUGGAGAGGGUUCGCGUUGAGAGGCCGGUGCAGGAGUGGCGAGACGAAUAUGUGGUGAGUUUUAACCAGAAUCCUGGUGGUGGUGGCGGCGGCGGUAGUGGAGCUGUUGGGUUGAAGGGGAAUGGGAUUUUCUUGACGUGGAAGGACUUGUGGGUGACGGUGCCGGACAAGGAAGGCGGCCACCGGGCCAUCUUGCAGGGUGUUACGGGAUAUGUGGAGCCUGGAGAGGUGUUGGCUAUCAUGGGUCCUUCUGGUUGUGGGAAAUCAACACUUCUUGAUACUCUAGCAGGGAGACUUGGGGAUAACACGAGAAGGACAGGAGAGAUCCUCGUCAAUGGCCGUAAACAAAGUUUAGCCUUUGGCACUUCGGCCUAUGUCACACAAGAUGACACCUUAAUGGCAACACUAACAGUAAAAGAAGCCAUGUACUAUUCAGCAGAACUCCAACUUCCCGACUUCAUGUCGAGAUCAGAGAAGAGAGAGAGAGCAGACGUUACCAUAAGAGACAUGGGAUUGCAGGACUCAAUCAACACGAGGAUUGGAGGGUGGAGUUCCAAAGGCCUGAGUGGUGGACAGAAGAGGAGAGUCAGCAUCUGCAUCGAAAUCCUGACGCGCCCAAAGCUUCUCUUUCUCGAUGAGCCUACCAGCGGGCUAGACAGCGCUGCGUCUUUCCAUGUGAUGGACCGUAUUAUAAAGCUCGCAAAACAAGAGCAGAGGACUAUGGUCGUGUCUAUCCACCAGCCUAGCAGUGAAGUCUUUGAGCUGUUUCACAAUUUAUGCCUUCUCUCUUCUGGUCGAACUGUCUAUUUUGGUCCCACUUCAGCUACAAAUGAGUUUUUCACUAUCAGUGGCUUCCCUUGUCCACCAUUGAGGAAUCCAUCUGAUCACUAUCUUAGAACGGUCAACAAAGAUUUUGAUGUGGAUAUUGAACAAGGACUUGGUGGCAGAAAGAUGAGCAUUGUAGAGGCAAUUAAUACCCUCGUCAAGUCAUACAACUCAUCUGAGGCUUACAAACAAGUUCAACAACGGGUAUUCGAGAUAUGCCAACAGGGUGGAGGAAGACUGGAGAAGAAGGGAAGCCAAGCAGGCUUUAUCACUCAGUGUCAUGUUCUCACUAGAAGAUCCUUCGUGAACAUGUAUCGUGAUUUAGGCUACUAUUGGCUUCGCUUAGCGAUUUAUGUCUUCAUGUGCUUAUGUGUUGGGAGUAUUUUUUACGACAUCGGAUUCACCUAUGGAUCCAUUCAGGCUAGAGGUUGGAUGCUCAUGUUUGUGACUGUACUUUUGACAUUAAUGGCAAUAGGUGGAUUCCCCUCUUUUGUGGAGGACAUGAAGAUUUUCACUCGAGAGAGGUUAAAUGGCCAUUAUGGUGUUGGUGCAUUUGUCGUCGGAAACACAUUUUCUUCCCUUCCUUACCUGUUUCUUAUCUCUGUGAUACCCGGGGUAAUAGCUUAUUACCUUGUUGGACUUCAGAAAGGGAUAGACCACUUUGCCUACUUUGUGCUAAUGUUAUAUGCAUGCAUGUUGCUGGUCGAAAGCCUGAUGAUGAUUGUUGCAAGUGUGGUUCCAAAUUUCCUCAUGGGAAUUAUUACCGGGGCUGGAAUUCAAGGUGUGAUGAUGUUGAAUGGAGGCUUCUUUCGAUUACCAAACGAUCUUCCCAAGCCGUUUUGGAGAUACUCAAUGUACUAUAUCGCCUUCCAUAAGUACGCAUACGAAGGGCUUUUGAAGAAUGAGUUUAAAGGAUUAACGUUCCCUAACAAUCUAGCAGUAGGACCACGAACGAUUACUGGUGAUGAGAUCUUGAGAAAUAUAUGGCAAGUGGAAAUAGGUUAUUCCAAGUGGGUUGAUGUUGCCGUUAUACUAGGGAUGGUUGUUUUAUACAGGCUCAUAUUUUUGGGAAUCAUAAAAACUGUUGAAAAGGUUAAGCCCAUUCUAAGAAAGCUCAUGGCAGGUUCUUCGAAAAAACCGACUCUUGUAGAAGAUCCCUACACCAUAUCACCAGCUAAUUAAACAAGAUUUCUCUUGUCUUUGAAGUUGUUAGUGUUUGUAUAUGGUGAAGAAUUUUCAAUUAAUUAAUAUAUCAUCGUAUCUUUCUGUCAAUGAUUUAUAUAAUUCUUUCUUAUUUGCCGAUCAUAAUAGAAUGUUACACUUGAGUUUGCUCAAGAUCAAUGACUUGUUGGUCUAAUGCUAU